UAUGCAUCAAACACAAUGAGAUUAGUGCAUUUAUUGCCAUACGUUUUCUCCAUUCUAAUUGAGACUUUCUCCUAUAGGCAUUUCCUCUAACCCUGCCAUAAAUAAGGCAAGGUUUUUGGCCUCCUUUUCCCUUUAAUUUGUCUCCUCCAUAUCAAUGUUCCAAAUCUUUCAAGAAAACAAAAACGGCUCCUUAAUCCAUACAAUAACAACUACUCUAUUCCAAACAUAUUGGGAUUGGGUAUAUAAAUCCUCAUUGAUCCCGAGGAGAUCUUUUUAAGCCACAAUGGCGAUGAUUCCCCAACAAUAUUGAAAAAAAGUCUUAAUAGUAUUGCCAAAUUCUAGUUCUCCAUGAUGACUACGAAGAACGAGAAGAAAGGCAAUAUUUUGAUGCAAAGGUAUGAGAUUGGGAAAUUGCUUGGCCAAGGGACAUUUGCCAAGGUGUACCAUGCUAGAAAUCUCAAGACAGGACAAAGUGUUGCUAUUAAGGUGAUUGACAAAGAGAAGGUGAUGAAGGUUGGCCUAAUUGAUCAAACCAAACGUGAAAUAUCCGUCAUGAGGCUAGUCAAACACCCAAAUGUUGUCCAGCUCUAUGAGGUUAUGGCUAGCAAAAGUAAAAUCUAUUUUGCCAUGGAAUAUGUCAGAGGUGGUGAACUUUUCAACAAGGUUGCUAAAGGAAGGCUUAAAGAAGAUGCUGCAAGAAAAUACUUCCAACAUUUAAUCGCUGCAGUCGAUUUUUGCCAUAGCCGUGAUGUCUACCACCGUGAUCUAAAGCCUGAAAAUCUCCUUCUCGACGAAGACGGCAACUUGAAGGUGUCUGAUUUCGGCCUGAGUGCAUUGUUAGAUUCCAAAAGGCAAGAUGGUCUCCUCCACACAACCUGUGGAACACCGGCCUAUGUAGCUCCUGAGGUGAUCAACAAGAGAGGUUAUGAUGGUAAAAAGGCUGAUAUUUGGUCAUGUGGUGUCGUUUUAUUUGUCCUGUUAGCAGGCUAUUUGCCAUUCCAUGACCAAAACCUUAUGGAAAUGUACAAAAAGAUAAGCAAAGGGGAAUUCAAAUGUCCACAAUGGUUCCAUCCAGAGGUAAGAAAGCUCCUCUCAAGGAUUCUUGAUCCAAAUCCAGGCUCAAGAAUCACCUUAAUUAAGCUCAUGGAUAAUUAUUGGUUCAAGAAAGGAUUCAAACAAAUUGAUAAAACCCCAAAUCCAGGGAAAGAUCAACGCGAAUCCCCCCGUAGUGUUUUUGAUAUUGAGGACAAUAAUUCAGAUGGAGAAGGACCUUCCAAUCCUAAAAAAGAUCAAGAUUCAACAACAAUGAAGCCUAGUUGCUUAAAUGCAUUUGAUAUCAUUUCUCUUUCCCCUGGUUUCAAUCUUUCUGGAUUGUUCGAGAAGGAAAAAGAGAGAAGAUCAGAGGCGCGAUUCACAGCGAAAAAGCCAGCUUCUAUAAUAGUAUCAAAAUUGGAAGAAGUGGCUUCAAAUGAGAGUUUUAAUGUGAUGAAAAAAGAUGGGACAGUGACAAUGCAGAGAAUUAAAGAAGGGAGAAAAGGUCAGCUAGCAAUUGAUGCAGAGAUUUUCGAAAUUACACCAUCUUUUCAUGUUGUGGAAGUGAGCAAGAAAUCAGGAGACACAAUGGAAUACAAGAAAUUCUUUGAUCAGGGAUUGAAAACUUCACUUAAAGAUAUUGUUUGGACAUGGCAAGAUUGUGAACAACAGCAACACCAAGUUGAAAAUCAAGAAAGAAAUUGAUCAUCUUUUUGUUUGUUUUAAUAAAAAUUUUCAUUUCUUUCUUGUCUGUAAUUUCUUUUUCUUUUUUGGGGGGAGUGGAGAGGAAAGGGGUAAUUGAAAUUUUCUUGCAUAUCUUAUAUUUUCUUGUUUUUGAUUGAUUAGAGUAUAUUGUACAGGUCUAAUAGGAUGUACAGAUCUCAAUUGAAUGCAAGUAAAAAAUAUGAUGAUGAAGCCAAUUUUCUUUUA